AUGGCCGCAAGUGGCAGCAAUCGUACUAUGGAGUCGCGGACUGGCCGGGCCAAGCAGAGAUACAACACCAAGGGCGAGCGACUGGUUGCCGGCGUAGUACCGCUGUCGGAGGACAAGACGUACGUGAUGUUGAUCCAGUCAACGCGCCGGAAAGGCUGGGUGCUGCCUAAGGGCGGCUGGGAGACCGACGAGGAAUGCACCGAGGCCGCCGAGCGCGAGGCUUGGGAGGAGGCUGGCAUUGUGGUGCAGAUCGAUUACGACCUCGGCGAGAUCGUGGAGACGCGCCCUUCCAAGAAGCACUCCAAGGACAACGGACGGUCGCUUUACCAGUUCUACGAAGCCACUGUGAUACAAGAGGCUGAAGACUGGCCCGAGAAAGAGAAGCGAGAGCGCAAAUGGUUCACCUAUGCCGAAGCCACCGCACUAUUGCAAGAUCGUCCCGAGCUGCUAAACGCCCUGGAACGGUCGACCAUAGCGAGGUAG